GAUCCUCAGUAUAAGAUGUUCUUGGAAAAUUUGAGGGAAGAAGGGAAUUCCUAUGUUUACUCAUGCUUUGUGGAAAACCAGCUUGUUCAUAUAAGGUAUGAGGGUGAAGAAGAAGAAGAAGAAAGAUUGUGUAAUGAUCUCAAGGUAGACACUAAGAUGUUAAACGGUUUGCCACGGAAGGAUAAGACUCGAAAUCUAGCAAAUACCAGGAGUGAUUCAAUGAGAGAACAGACAGGUGGCUCAAUGGAAUCUCAGCAAAGUUUGGAGACUGAAAGAGGACCUUGUAAUAGAAGGCCACAUCAAGAUGUAUCUAGUGUUCCCAAUAUCAAUUGCCGCAGGGAUGUGCAGUUUGAUGAUGUGGAUGAAGACUACCAAUUAUUCCUGAAUUCUUGUAGGACAGAUGAUGAUAGUUUGGUCUAUAUGGAUAGUGAAUUAAUAGGAAAGAGUUCAAAUGUUAGGCAAAAUUCACAAGUUUCUGAUCAGGCAUUUGAUACUCCCAAAUUGGAGUGUGACGUUGAUGAAGAUUACCAACUAAUCCUGAAUUCUGCUAGGAUUGUUGAUGGCGAUUUGGUUUAUAUGCCUGACAGGAAUAUCACAACGACAUGCAAGAUGGAAGGUGGUAGUAAUUCCUCUGACCCAGAUCUAAUUCUUCUAGAACCUGAUCAAAUUUGUGAAAACACUCCAUUCAUUUCUUCAAAAACAUAUGAUUCAUCGUGGUUCGAAAGUGAAAUGAACCCCAGAGACAGCAGGAAAUUCUCUGCUUAUGAUAAUUCUCAGUUUAGGAAAAGACUAAUGGAAUAUCUUGAAAGGCCUUAUGACCAAGAAGAAUGUGUGGUUAUUCUGAAUGAAGUACGUCGACAAAGGCAAAAAGAACGUCAUGUAGAAACUCGUCAGGGCGUGGUUAAAUCAUAUUGCACUGAUGGUGUCAACAAAUCAUAUCUUCAGUUGUACCCUGAUUUAGGAAAAGCAAUUGCCAAAUUCAAGGAACCACAUAGGGUUUUGUUUCUCUUGCGUGGAUUUCUUUUCUGGUUGCAAAAUUUGACCCACGAUGGAAUAUUUCGGCCUUGGCUUGACAAAUCAUGUUUGGAGAUUUUGCAAAAAAUGUAAAUUUGGAAUCUUGCUAUAUCUAAGAUUUGGAAGCAAGAGUAUAACAAACUUGAAUGGGCAAUG